AAACCAUCUGCGUCUUUCGGGUUAUACUUCUGUCGAGUUCUGGUUUUGAUCGUCCUCACUUGCCGUCGGUUUCAGCACCUCGGAACGUCUUCACCGGAACAUUACUGUCUUUCGGAUUCUUUAGUGAAAGCACAGAGUAACUCCACAUCCAAACUUCAUCAUGUCUCAAGCAAACCAAGGUCCCAGCUAUGGUAUGUCAGCCCACAUCAAGAAGAAGCUUGAGGGCAAGAGAGACCACGAACAGGAGGCUGAAAUGCUCAGAUUCAUCAAAGAAAUGACACACGAAGACUUCGACAUGGAACACCCCGAGGGUCUUAAAGACGGAAAGGUCCUCUGCAAAUUAAUAAACGGUCUUCUAGACGAUGGCUGCAAAGUGAAAUACGACCCAGGAAACUCUACAUUCAAAAUGAGGGCAAACGUGGAGUCUUUCAUCGACGGAUGCAAAAAGUUUGGUCUUAAGGAGCAAGAACUUUUCCAGGUGAACGACCUGUUCGAGGCAAAGAACGUCUGCCAGUUCACGCAGUGCAUCUACGCUAUUGGUCGCAGAUUGCAAAUGGACCCCAACUACACUGGCCCAAUUUUGGGUCCCAAACAGUCAGCCGAAAACAAAAGACAUUUCACACAGGAGCAGAUGGACGCUGGUAAACACAUGCACUCCCUUCAGAUGGGCUCCAACAAGGGCGCCUCCCAGGCCGGGCAGAACUUCGGUGCGCCCCGGCAAAUUAUCAACAAGACAGAUGACUAGACACAUUUCGCUCUGUAAUAUUAAUAUUAUCAGUUUUUAAGUUUUUAAAAACUUGCUAACAUCGGGCUAAAUAUAUGUUUCGUUUAAUUAUUUUCUAUCUCUUCUUUAAUUUAUGAUUAUGAUUUCUUCGGGCGGGAACUUAUAUAGGACGACGUAGAACUAAUAUGGUGUUAUAGAAAUCUAACUUGUACUUAUCCAAGUUGUAGAAACAAACUGCGUGUGGCGGUAUAAACAGCAGACAUGCAACAUGAGAACAAAACCAAAACAACCCUGUGAUAUAAUGGGCGAAUCCAAAUGAAUUAUUCAUGAGGGCAUGAAGAACCAGCCAAUCUCCUUAUCGAGUUAUCCUUGAAUAAUUUGACUAUGCAAUUGCAUGUAAAAUUGUGUCUUAAGCAUUUUUGUACAAACACAAAACUGUCACUGCCAGGGUUAUGAUGAAAUUCUGUGUUACAAACAAAACAGCUUAUCUCCUCAACAACAACAACAACAACAUGUUUACAAAGACGUAUGCACACGUCUGUUACUGUUUAGCAUGAUUUUCAAGUACCAAAUCGAAUGAUUGGUUUUGUUAAUUUUGAUUGUUUGAUAUUGCACUAAAUGUUUGAAUGCACGAACAAAAGCAGGGAACAUGUUCAACUCAAAUAAAGAAAUCUAAUAUGGAGUGAGACAGUCAAGUUUCCUGCGACGAUAUCACAGUUUUUGACUCCAGGAAAAAAAUAGAAGUUGUAUCGAAAACACACAUUUUAUAAAAGCAAUAUUAUAUGGAUUGUACCUCUAAAAGUAUUUGUAAUAGUUAAUAAUAUAGAAUAUAAAUAUCUAAAUAUUGGCUUCAAUGGAACCGGUGAGCUUUGUAGAAUUUUCAUAAUUACUUAUAGACUGAUGACAAGGUAAUCUAACUUAGCAUGUCUUUAAAAAAGCACGAAUUUAUUGUCUCUUUGAGAAAAUCUGUUGUUUUUCAUUUUCCCAUAGUUAUUGAAUAACAACUUAUUCUUCACUGACUUUUAUAAAUAGUCGGACGUAUAAUAAUGGACAAAAUUAAUACUAUGUAACACUCCAAGUGCUUUACUCUGUCAAAAAAAGAUAUAUUAUAAAAAUGUGUUGUUCUUUAUAAUGAAACCAAACAAAUGCAUGCCUUUGUAUAUGAUUAUGCUCUAACUGUGAACGCUAAUGCAUUGGGAGAAAAAAACCUUAUGUAACACGCUGUAGUAAUCUGUCUUGUUUUUUGCUAGCAAUAAAAAUAAAUCGCUCUUAAAAAAAAA